GCGCUUCCCGGCUCGCCGCUCACAGCUCGCCAGGCCUCGUCGGCCUCGGUGCGCUGCGGAAAGCCGUCCGGGCCCGCUGCUGACGCCGUGGCCGCGGCCGGGCCAAGGUUCCGGGCGGACCCCGCCGACUCAGCUCCCUGCCUUUCCCUGAGGAUGGACCCUGGAGAUCCCGCCGGAGACCCCGCCGGAGAGCCUGCUGCCGGUGACACUGCUGGUGACCCAGCCGGUGGCAAGUGUGUCCCCAUGGGCCGGGACCCGCUCCUGUUCCUGCAGACCCUGCAGACGCUGUGGUCCACUCGGGAGCUGGGACAGCUCCGGGAGGAAGCCCAGAGGGGGUUCGCCGCCCUGGAGGACCCGCUCGCCGCCCUCCUGGACAUGCUGGAUGGCAGCCGGGGCUGGCGGGGGAAGGGCCCCUCCCUGGAGGCCUGGGUCGCCCGCGAGCUGAAGCGCUGCUUGCAGGCACAGCCGUGCCCGGGGCCGGCCCGGGGCAGCCCAGGGCUGAAGCAGCUGCAGGCCCGUGCGGUCAAGCUCCUCGCCGAGAGCCCCCCCGGCCUCGUGGAGCCGCUGGUCAGCAUCUUCCAGCUGCAGGACGCAGACCGGAGCCCCCUGCUGGCUCACGUCCACCGGCUGCACCAGGAGGGCAAGUUCAAAGAAGCCAUCGUGCUGGGGACAAAGCUGCGGCUGCAGGCAGAUCUUGAUGUUGAGAAGAUGUGCAUUCCCCUGCUCCUCCAGGACAAGGCAGACCUUGUGGAGCGCUACGUGGAUGGCUUUCCCGACCUCCAGCAGAGGCUGCUGGCCCUCAUGGACUCCUGGUGCCAGCCCAGCUUUGACAUCAGAGUUGUCGCCAGAAGGUACCCGCAGACGACCUUGAGGCUGGAGAGGCUGAGCCCCAGAGCGCUGGGUCGGCAGGUCCUGCGGCUGCUGGCGCAGCACGGCCUGGACCCUGCCCUGUGUCCCAACGUCGUCACCCAGCAGCGCCUGGCCGCCCUGCGGUAUCUGUGCUACAAGCGGCUGGUAGAGAGAAGCGUAUCUCGGGAGAGCUGGGCCGAGCAUGUGCAGGGCCUGGUGGGGCAGGACCAGGGGCUACAGGAGCAGCUGCUGCAGCUGCUGGCGUCUCACGACGACGCGGCCCUGGUCGCCCAGUGUGCCCUGGACCUCCUGCUGCCCGAGGAGCGACUCCCAGCCUCGGUGGCCGCAGAGCUCCGCCAACUCAGGAUCCAGGAGAGGACGGCCGAGGCCCCUCUGGAGGACGGGAAGGACGAUUACUACCAGCUGCCCAUCUCCAGGGAGCACCUCCACUUCCUGGCCUCGUGGGAGGACCUGGCCAGGCACCAGGAGGAGCUCCUGCAGCCCGGCCGGGUGGUCGGCAUGGACCUGGAGUGGAGGCCCUCGUUCGGCGCUGGGGGCCGGCCCCGGGCGUCGCUCAUGCAGGUGGCCGUGGAGGGCCGCGUGUUCCUGCUGGACCUGCCCCGGCUCUCAAGUCCGGCAGGAGGGCAGGCGCCCCAGGCCUUCUCCCGGCUGGUGUCCCGGCUGCUCGCGGACCCCUCCAUCACCAAGCUGGGUUAUGGGAUGGCAGGGGACCUGCGGAGCUUGGGUGCCUCCUGCCCGGCCCUGGCCCAGGCCGAGAAGCAGCUGCAGGGCAGCGUGGACCUGCUGCAGGUGCACAGGCAGAUGCGGGUGGCAGACAGGCCAGCCCCAGGCGUGGAGGGGGCCGCAGGGCCACGGGGCCUCAGCCUCCUGGUGCAGCAGGUGCUGGGCAAGCCCCUGGACAAGAUGCAGCAGCUUUCCAACUGGGACCGGCGGCCGCUGGGCGAGGGGCAGCUGGUCUACGCAGCCGCUGACGCCUACUGCCUGCUGGAGGUGUACUGGGCUCUGUGCAGAGAGCCUGCCCGCUUCCACCUGUCGGGGGACCUGGCCAGGAGCCUGAGGCUGGCACGCGGUGAGAGAGCGGGGGCUGGGGAGCUGCCGCCCCUGCAGAAGGCCUCGGCCUCGCCCCAGCAGGUGCCCGCGGGUGAGGACGCGGCCCCCGAGGUCCCGGCCAGGGCCUUCCGCGUGGUGUGUGACAGCAUGCUGCAGGGGCUGGCGCGGAGCCUCCGCUGUCUGGGCAUCGACGUGCUGGUGCUGGCCACCGGCGAGGACCACCGCAGGGCCGCCGAGGUUGCCAGGCAGGAGGGAAGGAUCAUCCUGACCUCAGGGCUGCCGUACCACAAGCUCCGGGCCCAGGUUGGGGCUGGGCGCUGCCUCUCGGUGGACUGCUCCCUCAAGGCCCGGCAGCAAGCCAUGGCCGUGAUCAGGCAUUUCAACGUGCGUGUCACCCACUCGGACAUCUUCAGCCGCUGCCAGAUGUGCGUUCCACACGUGCCCAGCUGGCGAGGAGGACAGAGACAGGGUCCUCGGCUCGGGGCCCAGAAGCAGAAGCGGCCACACCAGCGGCCACACGGGGCUGCCGGGAGCGGGGCAAGGCGCCAGGCAGAGACCUGUGUGUGCGGCCACACGGGCGGCAGGUGGGAGCCCAGAGGGAAAACCCACUUGACACACGAAGCGUUCCCAGAGCCUGCCGGACCGCUCUCGGGGCUGCUCGUCGGGGUGCGAGGCCAGAGCAAGGCACGUGGCCACCCACCCACCCUCACCUCACGGAGAGAGCUAGCGGGUCCUGGCCAUGCCUGCCUGGAGACGGGCGCCCACCGCCCCCCACUGCCGUCUGCCCAGAUCUGCUGGCAUCCGAGGCUGGGGUCUGCACACCCCCUGCAGGAAGUGGACCUGGCUCAGACACCACCUGCACGCAUCCCCUCGGCUGGGGGCUGGCGGGCUUCUUCCCCAGCUGGACCUGGAGUGACCACGGGCCUGACCUGCAGCCGGGGCUCUGCCCUCACUUCUGCCCCAAGAGCCCCUGGACCUGCAACCAGGAGGGCAAAGCCCACAGUGGUCUCCCUGUGCCCGAGGCCAGCCCACAGUCUGGCCGGGGUCGGUGGGGGGAGGCCCCCCAGAGAGACCCAGGGGAGGGUCCUGCAUGAGGAUCAGCCUCGCCCCCCCCAGCCUUCCAGCAGAGGCGGCCCUGCCAUCUGGCGCCUGCCCACCCCCCUGCCACCCCGGGUUGUGAUGCUGGAGGCCAAGCAGUGAGGCCACAGGCUUGCAACUGUCACCAGUACCUGAAGGUCUCCAAGGAUGUAAUGAAGCAGCUUGUGUGGCUCAGCGGCCACCCAGAAGGCCCUAGCG